GACAACCGUGAAAAGGCAGGCGACAACAUGCUUUUUCAAGAGAAGCAUUAUGAUGAGCUGGCUACAAGCCUGAACACGACUUGUACCAAGGGGAAACAGAAGUCAGCGAGGUCAUGCAAGAACAAAUGGCAGGCCCUCAGGGACACAUACAACGCCAUCAGUGACACCUUGAAUGACAAGUUAUCGGGGUUCACCUUUGAUCCUCACACCGGCGCCCACGUUACUGCAGAAUCAGAUGCACCAUGGCGGGCCUAUUGCAAGAAACAGCCGAAGAUUAGUCCUUUCCGAAAUAAGGGCUGGGAGUGGUGGGAGGAUAUGAUUGCGCUUAUGCCCACUCGUGUCCGUGGAGCAAAUGUC